GGCAGCGCCCGCGCCGCCGAGGCUGGGCUCGGGCUGUCGCGCUCGUCCCCUGCCGCUCUUGCCGUCCCCAGCCGCCUCCUCCUCCUCCUCCUCCCUCCUCCCCGGCCCGGCUUUGGAGGCGAUUCUCCUCUAGCGACCAAGCCGAUCGCUUCUGGGCGGGCGGCGCUUUGUCUGCUCCCUCCAGCGAGGCUCCGGGCCCGGCGCCGGGUCUGCAGCGGCCGCCGCUGCAGCGGGAGCCCGGCGGCGCCUCCUCGCGCCCCCGGGGGCCGCGCCCUCUCCCCGCCGAGGCGCCUGGGGACGGCGGCCCAGCCACUCACCGCCCGCGUCCCGCGCACCAACGCCGCCGCCGCCGCCGCCGCCGCCACCGCGGGAGAACCGGCCCACCCGGCCGGCCCGGUCCGAGGCAGGCAGCCCGGCGGGCAGUCGGGCGGGGACGGCGGCUGCUGCGGGUCUGGCAGCGCGCACGCCGCCCCGCAGACGCACCCAACGCCUCCUCUGUGCGCUGGGAGGAUGGAGCAGCCGCCCCGGCCGCGGACUGGCGCAAGGUGCCCACGCAAGGACCGGCAUGAUGAAGAGAUGCGUGUGUGAGUAGCAACCCUUUGGACCACGCCGGACGGAGACCAACAGUGUGGGCAGGGCCGGGACCGUGAGCACACGUGCGUGUCGGAGUAGAUGAGGCUUGGGCUUGUGAUUAUGCUGACAUUCCAGCAUGAAUCUGGUGGACCUGUGGUUAACGCGCUCCCUCUCCAUGUGUCUCCUCCUCCAAAGUUUUGUUCUUAUGAUACUGUGCUUCCAUUCCGCCAGUAUGUGUCCCAAGGGCUGUCUCUGUUCUUCCUCUGGGGGUCUAAAUGUCACCUGUAGCAAUGCGAAUCUCAAGGAAAUACCUAGAGAUCUUCCGCCUGAAACGGUCCUCUUGUACCUGGACUCCAAUCAGAUCACAUCCAUCCCCAAUGAGAUUUUUAAGGACCUCCAUCAGCUAAGAGUCCUCAACCUGUCCAAAAAUGGCAUCGAGUUUAUCGACGAGCACGCCUUCAAGGGAGUCGCGGAAACUCUGCAGACUCUGGACUUGUCUGACAACCGGAUCCAGAGCGUGCACAAAAACGCCUUCAAUAACCUGAAGGCCAGGGCCAGGAUUGCCAACAACCCCUGGCACUGUGACUGUACGCUCCAGCAGGUCCUGCGCAGUAUGGUCUCCAACCACGAGACGGCCCACAGCGUGAUCUGCAAGACCUCCGUGCUGGACGAGCACGCGGGGAGGCCGUUCCUCAACGCUGCCAAUGACGCCGACCUUUGUAACCUCCCCAAAAAAACGACUGAUUACGCCAUGCUGGUCACCAUGUUCGGCUGGUUCACCAUGGUGAUCUCCUACGUGGUGUACUACGUGAGGCAGAAUCAGGAGGACGCGCGGAGACACCUCGAAUACUUGAAGUCCCUGCCGAGCAGGCAGAAGAAAGCCGACGAACCCGACGACGUCAGCACCGUGGUGUAGUGUCCGAGCUGCCUGGCAUCGGACGGGAAACCCGUUUGGGAUUGCAGUAGAAUAAGCUGGUUUACUUCUCUCAUCCAUUGUAAACAUUUGAAACUUUGUAUCUCCGUCUCCUUUGAAUUAUGCCACUGUCGAACUUUGGACAAACAUGACAACCUAACAACUCAUUUUCGUUUUAGGCAAUCCACCCCUGAAUUGUACCCCUGGCGGUAUAUUCCUGAGUCGGCUACUUCUCUGAACCUCAGUUAGAUCCAUCUCACUAUUUAAUAAUGAAAUUUAUUUUUUUAAUUUGAAACCAAAUAAAAGCCUAACUUUGAAUCAUGAAAAA